AAACAGCUGCUUCCUGCUUCCGCCGUGGUUCUUCCUGCCUGCUUUCGGGAGCCGAGGCGCCCCGUGCACCCUGCGCCUCGCUUUCCCACAGCCCGCGCGCCCCCGGCUCCCGGAGCCCCGGCCCCCGCAAGUCCCCCGGAGCCCCGACGGCGGCAGGCCAGCGCCCGACCGGGGAGAGCGCCGCCUUCUCCGCGUGACCGCGCCAUGGCCGCCUCCGACUUGUCCACCAACCUCCAGGAGGAGGCCACCUGCGCCAUCUGCCUCGAUUACUUCAUGGACCCGGUGAUGACCGACUGCGGCCACAACUUCUGCCGCGAGUGCAUCCGGCGCUGUUGGGGCCAGCCCGAGGGCCCGUACGCCUGCCCCGAGUGUCGCGAGCUGUCCCCGCAGCGCAAUCUGCGGCCCAACCGCCCGCUGGCCAAGAUGGCCGAGAUGGCGCGGCGCCUGCACCCGCCGUCCCCGGUGCCCCAGGGCGUGUGCGCCGCGCACCGCGAGCCGCUGGCGUCCUUCUGCGCCGACGAGCUGCGCCUGCUGUGCGCGGCCUGCGAGCGCUCGGGGGAGCACUGGGCGCACCGCGUCCGCCCGCUGCAGGACGCCGCCGAGGACCUCAAGGGCAAGCUGGAGAAGUCCCUGGACCACCUGCAGAAGCAAAUGGAAGAUGCCCUGCUGUUUCAGGCUCAGGCGGAGGAGACCUGUGCCCUGUGGCAGGCAGCACUCCUGCUCCAGACCCUCAGCCCCGGGAAGAUGGUGGAGAGCCAGCGGCAGAAUGUGCGUGCAGAGUUUGAGCGGCUGCGCCGCCUGCUGGCAGAGGAAGAGCAACGGCUUCUGCAGAGGCUGGAGGAGGAGGAGCUGGAGGUGCUGCCCCCGCUGCAGGAGAGCGCUGUCCGCCUUGGGCAACAGAGCGCCCAGCUAGCCGAUCUUGUCGCUGAGCUGGAGGGGCGCUGCCAGCUGCCGGCCUUGGGACUGCUGCAGGACAUCAUGGACACCCUGCGCAGGGUCCAGGAAGUGAAGCUGCAGCCGCCUAAGGUGGUGCCCAUGGAGAUGAGGACGGUGUGCAGGGUCCCGGGGCUGGUGGAGGCUCUGCAGAGGUUCCGAGGGGACAUGACGCUGGAUCCGGACACUGCUAACCCCGAGCUGGUCCUGUCGGAAGACAUGCAGAGUGUGCGGCGGGGGGACCUGCGGCAGCCCCUGCCUGACAGCCCCGAGCGCUUUGACCCCGGGCCCUGUGUGCUGGGCCGGGAGCCCCUGAGCUCCGGCCGCCACUACUGGGAGGUGGAGGUGGGCGAGCGGGCCAGCUGGGCCUUGGGUGUCUGCAGGGAGAAUGCUAACCGGAAGGAGAAGGGUGAGCUCUUUGCAGGCAAUGGGUUCUGGAUCCUGGUGUUCCUGGGGGGCUUCUACAACUCCUCUGAGCGGGCCUUUGCCCCCCUUCGAGACCCACCCCGGCGUGUAGGCAUCUUUCUGGACUAUGAGGCCGGGCACCUGGCAUUCUACAGCGCCACCGAUGGGUCACUCCUGUACGCCUUCCCUGAGACGCCCUUCUCAGGGACGCUGCGGGCCCUCUUCUCACCUCUGUCUAGCAGCCCCACCCCCAUGACCAUCUGCCGACCCAAGGGAGGGCUCGGGGAUGGGCUGGCUUCCCAGUGAGCGGUGUCUCAUGCCUUCGUCCUGCCUUUGAGUCUUCAAGGGUAUCCUGAGCCACAGGAAGAGCUCCCAAUGCCACUUUGUGUGCUUAGUAAAAUCCCUCUACCUCUGUCAUCCCUGGGAAGCCAACACUGUGGGGCCAGCAGCAUCUCCCAGGUGACCUUCCAUGGCCAUCUGGUGUCACCAGUGCAUUGCUCACAGUCCUCUGCAUAGCCCAAGCCAGGGUCCUGGGGAGCUCUGUUUGCAGGAGCCCAGCUGGUCAGCAUUGAGGCCAGGGCCUGUGGAACUUUCUGAGGCUUCAGCCUGAGUCCUUGACAGCCCCAGGGCUGUAUCCCCAAAGAGCUGCUGUCUUGUGAGGCCGCUGGGAGGGAGGUGAGUCCGUCAGCCUGUCUCAGGGCCUGGUCCUAGAAAAUGGUGCUGGAUGUGGAUGCCCCAUUAAUCGGGGUGCAGCAGUCAUCAGGAGAGGGGGGCAUGGGAAAGGCCAGGGGAAGAGUGCUCAGGGCAAAAGGUACUACAUAAGGGGUCUGAGGAACCUGGGUACAAGCCCUCAAGUCCCCCAGCAUGGGCCACUGUGGGCUUCUGCAGAAUGCUCCUUCCCACCCUGGAGCUGGGCACUGGCUGAGAAAAGACUGGCCCUGCCUGGGGAAGGGGUGAAGCUGCGUAGACCCCCCACCCCCACCACUUCAAUCCAGGAUUUCUAUUGGCUUGUUUUGGUGCUUUUUCACAAGAAGGUGUGUACCCCAAGAUUUGAUAUCUGUGGUAAGGACCAUCCUUACAGUAAAUAAACUAACCAUUGUCUGUGAUGCCACUUGUGAAUUGGGUGGGAGAGUCCAUGGGCAAAGGCCUACCAUCCAUAGCAAAGUUGGGGACACAGUGGCUGGCUGCAUUUCAUGCAACUGCCAUGGGAUUCUUUUUUUCAAAUAUCUGAUCAACAGUUCUAGGUUCCAUGGUGUUCAAUAGCUAGUUACUUGAUUAUUUAUUUGCUCAUUCUCCUAUUGUUGGACUUUUUUUUAAAUGUAUGUACCACUUUGAACAAUUCCUUCAAAUUAUGUACCCGGGAGGUUUUUCCUCAGUCAAGCCAGGAAUCUGCCACUUUUCUGGCUGGGGAGGUUUCCCCAUCCUUUCCCAGGUGACUGCCUACUGUUUCACUCCCUGUUGAGAAUCUGAGGUACUGGUUGGUUCUUGCCUGAAGCAAGAUUUGGACUUUGGGAUUUCCUGGAUGGCCACCGGCUGCCAGAAGGUGAGACAGGAAAGCCUCGGUGAGAGUUUGGAGGAGCACACGACUGCCCCAAAACAGCAGGAUGGACACCUAACCAAGGCUUUGGAGCAAAGCUGGACACCAGUGUGAGGGAGGGAAAAUAUUCCCUCCACCCGUCUGAUCCCUGUCUGGAGCCCGGUAAUAAAAGAUUAAUGAGAAAAAGAAGUGUAUUAACACAUGCACCUCCUGCACAUGGGAGACACGCAGAGGAAAUGAGUAACUCCAGCAGCAGCUUAGAAGUCCGGCUUCUGCAGCCACUGCAAUAAAGAAGUUUGUGGGAAAUGACAGUCCGAAGCAGUACCAGGGUAGGGGCUGGUUGGGGGUUUAUGGAGAUUCCCAGAGCCAGCCCCAUGCUGAGGGAUCUUACUGUCCCCUGUGACUGACUCGGUCCUUUUAGGCAGGGGGAGGACUCGCAGCUUCUCUGCUAUCUGCAUAUCAACGGCCUUUAGCUCAAAUGAUCCUGUUGCCAAACUGGGAAGUUUGAGAUGGAAUGUUCACAUAUCCAUCACCAGGUGACAAGAAAUGAGCUUAGUUGAUGACCACACACCCAUGCUGAGUGCACUGUCCACGCAUUUUACCUACUGAGUGGAUCCUGUGAUAGCUCCUCACUCUUCUGUCAUGGACCACAGUAAAGGAAAGAUUUUGUCCGUGUAGCUGAUACCUCAGAGUGGCUAAGAGCUACAAAGAUGUGUCCCAACAAGUAGUGAGUGUCUCCCAACAUGAGCAGCAGGUGUCUUCACUACUAGUGGGAUCUCCUGUAUUACCAUGGGGUGCCCCCCUACACUACCAGGGGGUGUCUCCAAUACUGCUACUGGGAAGGGGACCUGGCCCUUGGUGGGUCUGCUUAGGGCCAGUUGGUAGUAUGUGGGUUCUUGACUUCAUGCAGGAAAGAUUUCAUAACACAAGUCCAGGUGAAUUUUAGAGGACAUUUAUUAAAGCUGGGGACAGUGAAGAGAGGGCCGGGGAAAUGAGCGUAGGUUGGGCUGCUUUGGCUCACUAAGAAGUCAGAGAAAAGGGGGGCCUUGGGUCAGGUUCUGGGGGAUUGUUUGGGAUGAAUUUGCUGCCCUGGUUUGCAAGCCUGGUAGUGUCCCUUGAACUACCAGUGGGUGUCUCCUGCACUAGCGCUCUGUCCUCUGCCUGUGGGGAAGAGGGCUGGGGUGGGGGGAGGCUCAAAACACUUUCUAAUUGUUAUUGUGAUUUCUUUUUUGGCACCUGGGUUAUUUAGACGUAUGUUUAAUUUCCAAAUAUUUUAGGCUUUCCCAAAUUUCCUUCUGUUGACUUCUGAUUAAACACCAUUGUGGUAAAAACACAAACUUAGUUGUUUUAUUGCCUGGCAUAUUGCUUUCCUGGAGAAUGGUCCAUGUGCAUUUGACAAGAAUGUGUGUUCUGCUCUUCAGUGGAGUGUUCUAUUGUAUCAAUGAUUGUACGGAUGGGAUUUUAAUAUUUGGAGGGGACUGAGUGACAACACCAUUGAAAGAUUAAUUUAGUAUAUUUCUCAAGAGAAGGAGGCAUUCCUCUGGAUUCACAUUACUGCCUAGUGUCAUUUCCUUUCUCCAAAAUAGAACCAUUCCUCCCUCUUCUCUCUGUGCUAUUAGUGAAUAUAUAUAUAUAUAUAUAUGUAUAUGUGUAUAUAUGUGUGUGUGUAUAUAUAUAUAGUUAUAAUCCCAACAAUACAAUUUUAUAAUGGUGGUUUUAUGUGGCUGGCUUUUAAAUCAGUUAAGAAAAUGUUAUUGAUACUGUCUUCUAUGUCUACCUAUGUAAUUAUACUUACCAUGCUCUUUAUUUCUUCAUGUAGAUUUGGGUUUUCAUCUGGUUUCAAUUUCUCUUAGUCCUUUAGUAUUUCUUGUAAGUAAAAGUUGCUAGCAGCAAAUUCUGCCAGUUUUGUAUAUCUAGGAAUAUUAUUUCAUCUUCAUUGUUGAAGGGUAGUUUUGCUAGUUACAGACUUAGCCAGUUUUUAUUCCUUUUAGCUUUUUAAGCAUGUUAUCCAAAUAUCUUUACCCUCCAUUGGUGGUUAUCUUUUAUGUUUUUAUUGAUUUUCAUUUUUAGAGAGUAAGGGAGACGGAGAAAGAAACAUUGAUUGGUUGCCUCAUGCAUACCCCCUACUGGGGAUCGAGCCUAAAACCUGGGCAUGUGUCCUGACUGGAAAUCGAGCAGGCAACCAUUCGGUGCAUGGGACAGUGCUCAACCAACUGAGCCACACUGGCCAGGACUCCCACUGUUUUUAACGAGAAGUCAGUUAUUAAUCUUAUUGAGGUUCCCCUGUAUGUAAUAAGUUGUUUUUCUCUUGCUGCUUUCAAGAUUCUCUUUUGCUUUUUGGCUUUCAUUAAAUUAACUAUAAUAUGUCUAGGUGUGGAACUCUUCAUGUUCACCUUUUGAACUUGAUUGAAUUCAUUGGAUAUGUAUGUUAGUUUUUCAUCAUGUUUAGGACAAUUUUGGCCAUUAUUCAAAUAUUUUUAAUUUCUUUCACUUUCUGGGACUCCCGUUUACCUGUAUGUUAGUAUGUAUGUUGGUGUCUCACAAUUCUCUGUGGUUCUGUUCAGUGCUCUUAAUAUUUUUCUUCAGAUUGGAUCAUCUGUAUUGAUACAUCUCAAAGUUCACUAAUUCUGUCUUUUGCAAACUUAAGUCUGAGCCCUCUUUUUUAAUUCACUUCAAUUUUUGUACUUUCAACUCCAGAAUUUUCAUUUAUUUAUUGUUUAUAAUUUCUAUCUUAAUAAUAUUCUCUACUUAAUGAACCAUUGUCAUACUGUCUAUAAUUUUUUUAAAUUUUUGUAUUGAGGUGCCUACUUAUUUUUUUGAAAUAGUAUGUGUAAGUGCAUAUAACAUAAAAUGUACCAUCUUAACCUUUGUAAGUGUAUAGCACAGUCGUGUUAGCUAUAUGCAUGCUGGUUUUCAAUAGCACCUGGAACAUUUUAAUCUGACAAAACAUUCUAUAAACAUUGAAAAACUCCUCUUUUCCCUCGCCCACCACUGGCAACCACCAUUCUAAUUGCUCUAAGUAUUUGACUAUUGUAGAUACCUCCUAGAAGUGGAUUAAUUCGUAUUUGUUCAUUUAUGGCUGGAUUAUGUCACUUAGCAUAAUGCUCUCCGUGUUCAUCCAUGUUAUAGCAUUUGACAAGAUUUUAUUCUUUUUAAGGCUGAAAGAUAUUUCAUUCUGUGGGUAUACAUUAUAUAUGUAAUCUAUAUAUAAUCACUUUAUUCACAUGUUAAUUGACAUUUGGGGGUUUUCCACCCUUUGACUGUUGUAAAUAAUGCUACAGUGAACAUUGAUGUAUAAAUAUCUAUUCAAGAUUUUUAUUUUUUAAAUAUAUUUUAUUGAUUUUUUUACAGAGAGGAAAGGAGAGGGAUAGAGAGUUAGAAACAUCGAUGAGAGAGAAACAUCGAUUCAGCUGCCUCCUGCACACCCCCUACUGGGGAUGUGCCCGCAACUAAGGUCCAUGCCCUUGACCGGAAUCGAACCUGGGACCCUUCAGUCCAUAGGCCGACGCUCUAUCCACUGAGCCAAACCAGUUAGGGCAAGACCUUUAUUUUUUUAUUAAAUUUAUUGGGGUGACGUUGGUCAACAUGAACAUACAGGUUUCAGGUGUGGAUUUUUAUGUUACAAGAUCUGUAUAUUGCACCGUGUGCCCACCACCCAAAGUCAGAUCUGCCGCCGUAUAUUGGGAACCUCUUUGCCUCCACCCCCGCCGCUCGGGCAGCCACCACACUGCUGUUUGUGUUCACAAGUUUCAGAUCCCACAUAUGAGUGAAAUCAUGGUGCUUAGCUUUUUCUGACUUAUUUCACUUAGCAUAAUGUUCUCAAGGUCCAUCCUUGUUGUUGCAAACGGUGCUAUUUCCUCCUUUUUUAUAGCUGAGUAGUAUUCCUUUGUGUAUACUAGGUGUACCGGUUACUAAUGAGGAUUUUUUUCAAUAGAUGGAGUUACAUAUAUGUUGAUAUAUAUGCGAUUUGAUAUGUAUGCUGUUUUGUUGUAUUGACAACAAGCUUCAAAACUUCAUAUGUCAAAUUUGCUGAAGGUGUUAACAUCAUAGAUAUUUUUACUCUUAAAAAUGUUGACUUUCAUGCCAAAAAAAGAGCAUUUGCGGGAAGUUUUAAUUCAUUAUUUUGAAGAAAAGUGUUGCUGGAUACUUCAGAAAGCUUAUGGUGAACAUGCUCCAUCUCAAGAUACUUGUGAACGCUGGUUUAACACAUUAAGCACCAUGUCAGUCACUGGUGACUGACACUAUACUUUCUGUCUGUACUGCGUCAGUCACUGUUGACUGACGACAUACAAUUUUAAAAAAAAUAUUUUAAUACAUUUUAAAUAACUUGGAGAUCAUAAAAGAAUGUACCUAAAUAUUAUUUGUUACAAAAAUUUUUUUUAAUGAAUAUUAUUAAAGCAGGGUAUGCACAGAAAUGGUUGUCCGGUGCAGGUUUCACAGAGUGUUAUCACUUGAUUUGUCAGCUUUCUGGCAAUAUCUCGUCCAAAUCAUGCUGCAUUAUCUCCGUAGCAUUUUUUACAAUAUCUUCGGACUUUAGACACUCUUCCAGUUUUUGUUGCAGUUUGUGAUGAGAUAUUUGAGGUAUAUUUACAGCAUGGCUACUUGAAAUUUCUUCAUCCCGAAAAUUUGUUAGAUGGACAGCUAAUUUCUUCUGAAAUUCUGUGAUACUCAUAUUCUUCUUGCUAAUAUUUUCAAAUAAAAUAUGAGCAUUGAGAACAGCAGUAUUUAGUAGGGGCUCAAAGGCUAGCUUUUUAUACCAUUUCAUGGAUUUUCGUAACAGGUUAUUAUAGGCACUCAUUUGAUCAGAUAUAUCAACCGCUGCUUUUCCUACAUUAUAAUCUACAGUUUUUGGUUUCCAGUAGUGACCUGAUCUAUUUCCAACCUUCACUAUCUCUGACGUAUGUUUUGUUGAAAGAUGUCCCACUUAUCUUUCCAUUUUAAAAUGGUUAUUCCUUUUUUGUUCUCUUUUGCUAUAAUUUCUCCCCGUUUUAAUUUCUUUGAUGUUACUUCAUGAGGAUUUCCCUGUCGAUUUGAACAUAAUGUUCCUACUAAAUGAGUAUUAUUAUCGAGUAAUUUAUAUGCUAAAUCUAAACUCGUGUAUCAAUUGUCUGUGUACGUGUGUCCCUUAUGGAAUACAUCUCUACAAAGAUACAUUACAACAUUAA